CGCACACUGGCCCCCCUCGCGCACACGCACGGAGGGCGCGAGCGAGCAGACGCGCACAGCCGGCGAGCCAAGUUCCGCAGCCUGGCAUGGCUUCUGGGGACCUUUACGAGGUCGAAAGGAUUGUAGACAAGAGGAAGAACAAGAAGGGAAAAUGGGAGUACCUGAUCCGGUGGAAAGGCUACGGGAGCACGGAGGACACUUGGGAGCCCGAGCACCACCUGCUGCACUGUGAGGAGUUCAUCGAUGAGUUCAACGGGCUGCACCUGGCUAAGGACAAGAGGCUCAAGUCGGGGAAGCAGCCCGGCGCCUCCAAGCUCCUGCGGGACGGCCGAGGACCCUCGGUCGAGAAGCUCCCCCACAGGCCCUCGGACGCCAGCAAGAGCAAAGGGACUUCCCACAAACGGAAGCGGGUCAACCCUUCCCUGUCCAAGCCCAAGAAAGGCUAUUCGGCCAAGCCCCCCGCAGGCGGGGACCGGGCCGCCAAGACGGUGUCUUACAGGACUACCCCCAGUGGCCUGCAAAUCAUGCCGCUGAAAAAGGCGCAGAACGGCAUGGAGAAUGGGGACGCCGGCUCCGAGAAGGACGAGAGGCCCUUUGGAGAUGGGUCCCACCAGCCCGACCUGGAUCUGAACGACGUGGGCGAGCAGGACCUGGGCGACUGCGACGGGAGCCCUGCGGCGCUGGCGGAGAAUGGGCUGGGCUCUGCUCUGACCAACGGGGGCCUCAACCUGCACAGCCCGGUGAAGAGGAAGCUGGAAGCUGAGAAGGACUACGUCUUCGACAAAAGGCUCAGGUACAGCGUCCGCCAGAACGAAAGCAACUGUCGGUUUCGGGACAUUGUCGUGCGGAAGGAAGAGGGCUUCACGCACAUCCUGCUGUCCAGCCAGACCUCGGACAACAACGCACUGACCCCCGAGAUCAUGAAGGAAGUGCGGCGCGCGCUCUGCAACGCAGCCACGGACGACAGCAAACUGCUUCUCCUCAGCGCUGUGGGCAGCGUGUUCUGCAGCGGCCUGGAUUACUCCUACCUGAUUGGCAGGUUGUCCAGCGACCGGAGGAAGGAGAGCACCCGCAUCGCAGAGGCCAUCAGGGACUUUGUGAAGGCCUUUAUCCAGUUCAAGAAGCCCAUCGUCGUGGCGAUCAACGGGCCUGCUCUGGGCCUGGGCGCCUCCAUCCUGCCCCUCUGUGACAUCGUGUGGGCCAGCGAGAAGGCCUGGUUCCAGACCCCGUACGCCACCAUCCGCCUCACGCCCGCCGGCUGCUCCUCCUACACCUUCCCCCAGAUCCUGGGCGUCGCCCUGGCCAACGAGAUGCUCUUCUGUGGGCGGAAGCUCACCGCCCAGGAGGCAUGCAGCAGAGGCCUGGUGUCCCAGGUCUUCUGGCCGACCACGUUCAGCCAGGAGGUCAUGCUGCGGGUCAAGGAGAUGGCCUCCUGCAGCGCGGUGGUGCUGGAGGAGUCAAAAUGCCUCGUGCGGAGCUUCCUGAGGUCGGUGCUUGAAGACGUGAAUGAGAAAGAAUGCAUCAUGCUCAAGCAACUCUGGAGCUCCUCCAAAGGCCUGGAUUCCCUCUUCAGCUACCUGCAGGACAAAAUUUACGAAGUCUGAGGGCCCAGCACUGCAGGGCCCCUGACUUCCAGCUCCGCCCCUGUGUUUCAGAGAUUGGAGCCCAGUGUAUGCUCGGCUGAGGAGUCUGUCCAGGUGUCUCUCUGUCCCUAGGGUUGUGUCCAUUUCCUUGUGUCCUUUGGUUGCUCCUCAUUGGUUUGGUUUUGUGUAAUGAUGGGAAACGCAGUGUGCUUGGCCUCCUGCCCCGUGUCCGCACCUCAAACCCCAACUGGCGGGAGGGCCAUCGAGGGCUAUCUCUUCCCAGGCCUUUGCCAGGCACCCUUGUCCUGCCCCACUUGCUGAGAUGCACCAUCCUUGUCCAGGAAGGAAGACCAGUCCCCUCACCCCACCAGUCCCUCUGACUCAGGCUGUGUCUGACACAGUGCCUCUGACGUGGAGACUCAGCUGCCGUGGCUCUCUGUGGCUAAGGGCAGAUCCAGUGACCGGGGGACGACCAGUCUUAGGGGAUUCUCCAGAGCAAUGAGCAGAACGCUUGUGUGGAGCCGGCCUCAGUCUCCUCUCUGAUGCAUGUCUGUGUGACUUUUAGGGCUUGGUCUUAACAACCCAACCAAGUGAUUUACAAAACCCAGAUAUUGUACAUUUAGGAGCGUUUUGUUAAAUAUAUAUUUUUUAAAACAA